AUGCCAGCAAUUGUAAAGAUUCCCGAGACAGUAUCUGAAUACCAGGCUAUUGUCACAUACCUCCAGUCAGAUACUAUACCUCUUGAUAUCCAAAACAAUCGUAUAGCAAAGUCUAAUUUUAUUCGUAGAUGCAAAAAAUUCGAAGUCGAUGAGAGGAACUUUCUUUAUGUCUCUACUGUUCGGGAUAAUGCUACAACACGUCGCCGCAUAGUACCAAAAUACGACAACGGAUUAUGCAAAUUAAUAUUAGAACGCUUCCAUGACCAGGCCAACCAUCGUAGUUACCAUAAGACCUACUCUGCUAUUGCAGAGAAUCAUAUUGGCAUCACACAGGAAGAAGUGCAGAAAUAUAUUAAUGAAUGCCCUGCUUGUGCAAUUAAUUCUUCUAUCAAAGAGAAAACUGACAUGAUACCGAUUAUAUCAACUGCACCUUGGAAACAUAUUCAAAUCGACCUCAUCGACUUCCAUGAGUUUUCCGACGUAAAUAGUGGGUUUGCAUGGUUGUUAACCUGUGUUUGCACUUUCUCCAAAUUUCUUGUCGCAAUACCUAUGAAGAACAAGGAAGCAACAACUGUUACUACUCACCUUGUGAAAGACGUAUUCAAAAUUUUGGGUCCGCCAGAUACACUCCAAAGUGAUAAUGGCAAGGAAUUUGUUGCUGCAGUCGUUACACAGGUUUGCAACAAUCUUGGCAUAAAGAUCAAACACAGGCGACCUCGUCAUCCCCAAUCCCAAGGCCAGAUCGAACGUCUUAAUCAGACUAUUGGUCGCGGUUUCACUAAGCUGCUCUGGGAUAACGAGCAUAAACUACAAAGAAAGGAUUGGAUAAAC